ACCCCAUCGCACAGAGGAAUCCGUUGUUUUGAUGAGAAUAGAUUCGUUGUUGAGACAGUCGACGAUUUACAGCAUUUUUUGACCCUUUUCAUUAUCUUUCGGCUUCGUUCCUUGCAGCCUUUUCUGAUCGAGUCGCUUAGAAAAGGCGACUUGAUCUAGCAAAUCCAAAUCUUUUUGUAAAAUCAGGUCGAAAGGGAUGCCGCUGCAGACAGACUCCGACGGACGCAAACAGUCUUUGGAUUUAAUCUCGUCGCAUUUAAUUGGAAAGAGCAGUUUUUGCAUAGAUUUAAAAAGCCUAAGAAUAACCCAUUCUCGACCGAGUGCUUUUGUAAGAUGCUUAAGCUCCCGUACAUAUUAAUAGCUCGACUGUGAAGUGUUGACAGGGGCAUAUACCAGCAAGCUAACAGCUAACCUUUAGCUAAUCAACAAAGCGGGGAUCGUUAAUCUUUUGCGUCAUCAAAUAAGCAGCUGGCUAAGAAGACAUUUUCUUCAGCUGACAACUUUUGAGCCACUUGUUCUCUGCUUGUGUUGACAAUAUUGCUCGACAGCAAUGAAAUUGUUGGAAAACUCCAGCUUUGAAGCCCUCAGCUCCAGGCUGUGUGUGGAAACAGGGGAGUCUCGCAUCCUCGGCAGGAUUGAGAGCUACUCCUGUAAGAUGGCAGGGGAUGAUAAACACAUGUUCAAGCAGUUCUGCCAGGAGGGGGAACCACAUGUCCUGGAGGCUCUGUCCCCCCCUCAGUCCACCAGCACCACCAGCCCCUCGCAACUGGGGAAGAGCAGUGAGGACGGGGAGAACCCUCUGAGUGACAAGUGUUGCAGGAAGACUCUAUUCUACCUCAUCACCACCCUUAACGAGUCCUUCAGGCCGGAUUACGACUUCAGCGCAGCACGAGCCCACGAGUUCAGCCGAGAGCCCAGCCUCAACUGGGUGGCGAAUGCGGUAAACAGCAGCUUGUUCUCCGUUGUGGGCGAGGAGUUCAACUCUCUGGGGCCUGAGCUGUGGAGCGCCAUCGACCAUGAGAUAAACCUGCAGGGCUGUGACAUUUACAGCUACAACCCUGAUCUGGACUCGGACCCUUUCGGUGAAGAAGGGAGCCUCUGGUCCUUCAACUACUUCUUCUACAACAAGAAGCUGAAGAGGAUUGUAUUCUUCACAUGCCGCUCCGUCAGUGUCCUGAGUGGCUACGGCCGUGAUUGUCUUGACAAUGAGCUGGACAUGGAGCUGGACGACGAGGAGGAAAUGGACGGCUUCACUGAGGACAGGUUCCCCAGAGCUCUGUGCGUGUAGAUGUCCCAGAUGACACGCCUUGGCCAAAGAUUAUCUGGGUUUUUCCUCCUUCCAUGCUCUCAUCUACCUUCUUGUUUUGGGACUUUCCUGCAUCAUCCAAAGCCAUUUUCACAUGUUAGACUAAUGCAUGUUUGAAGCCUUCUCCUCCGGUGGCUUGGACUGUGUUUCGUAGGUGGUGGACAUUUCGUCGAAGCCCCACAGUUAACUUUUACGCUCCUUUAUGUUGUUUAUUUUGGAACGUGAGCCCAGCAAACAGCACAACGCAACACACAGGCACCUCCACACCGGCCACAUUUCCAAAGAGACCACUUCACAGACGACGAAGAAGAAGGAAAACAACGCGGUCUUGUUGUGGAGGAAAGAGCGAAAAAAAAAAAAAAAGACUCGAGUGUGUUGAGUUUCUCACGAGUGAUGUCAAAGAAGACGAGAGGAGUUCAGAUUACACCAGCAUCAAUGAAAAGCGACACUGGGAUUAAAGAUUAAUAAUAUUCCGACCUGUGAAGUGGCUGGGCCGGGUCCAUGAACAGACUGACUUGCUGGUUAGAAAAAAAAAAACUCAUCUGUUGUUCCUUGUUUGUUGUUUUCGUGUGUUGCUUUAUAAGUGUGACGGUGACGUUAAUGUGAGACCUGUUUUUAGAGUUUUAAACGAUGCAUUUAUAACAGAACUUUGCAUUAAUACAUCUUAUUACCGCGAAUGCUCGUCUGUAUUUGUUAGACAGGAGGGCACUGGGUUGCAGCUUAAACAAACAUAUCAGCUUUUAUUAAUCUCCCAUUGUUUUCAACCCCAUUACCCAGUCCGCUCAUGUUUAAACAUUGUCUAAUUCCAAUAUUUUAUUUUAUUUUUUACUGUCCUAACCCGCUCCCAGUUAAUCCCAGUUUAUACGCCUGUCUUGCCAGUGUUCAGUUUGCUCCUCAACUCAGUGCAGAGGCCUCACUGAAUGUAUAGUACAGUUUAGAUGACUUAUUCUUACCAGAAAAUGGCUAUGUCCAGCGUUAUUUUUUAGAAUUUGAGAAGCUCCUCUUUCGUUACCAGUGAACAGGAAUUCUGUGACUUUUGACUGCUCUGUGCUUUGUUUGAGUGGCCAAUAUAUUACAAAUGUGAUUAAACUGGUGAUUCGUUCA